UUUUUUUUUUUUUUAUUCUUUCUGUCGUGUGGCUGGUUUCUUGCGCACCCCCUUUUUUCCCUUUUCGGCCUGAGCCAGCACAGAAACAACCGGGCACAAUGAUUCUCCGGGGCUCCCACGGCGAUGUUCCGCUUGGCCCUGGAUAAUUGCGAACGUCUCCUUUCCGAAAAAAGGGGGUCUGGAAUCUAAAGAGAGAGGGAGCGAGAGAAAAAAAACACAUGAGGAAUCGCAGCCUCCUGCGCCCCCCAAUUCCUUUUGUUAGGUGGGUGCCGCUGCGCUUGUUCUGGAUCCUUCCAGAGAGAGAUUCGGGAGCUGAGAUUGGGAUGGAGGCGUAAAUAGAUUUACACACGUACACAUACACACACACACAUGCACGCGUAUCUAUGUAACCACCCGGAGGGGACGCAGGCUCUGAGCGACACGCUACAUGAGACACACACAUGAAGCCAUUGAUCACAGAGGUGGACGGCAAAUUUUUUUUUCUUUUUUUUAUCGCUUAGCCCUCCAUAACGAUAUCGCUCCUAAAACACUAAAGUAUUGACGGUCACAUGGAUUAUUCCGGAUAAAACACUGUAAUUAUUAUUUUUUUUUUUUCGAACGCAUAGACAUACAAAGAUUACACAUACACACCCCCUCCUGUGGGAUCCCCUCCGUGUACACACCCCCCACCCAGCACCAACAUACACAACGACGGAGUACACAUGGAGGGGUAACUUGUGUACCUAGUAUCUGCCCCCCACCCCUGUGCUCAACAGCUUGCAAUCUACAUGGAGAGAACACAGGAGAGGCCUACGAGGGGAGCAGAUAAGACCUUCUGUACUGGAUAUACUUGCCCCCUUCCCUCAACCCUCCCCCCUUCCGACGCAGUCAGAGGGGAAGUUCAUGUUAUCUGUUAACUGCAAGGAGAUGGGGCCUAUGCACCCUGCAAUAUGAAAACCCGACAGAACAAAGACUCGAAGAUGUCGAUGAGGAGUGGAAGGAAAAAGGAGAGUGUGGGUCCAAGGGAGGAGCGCAGAGCGAGGGGGAGAGCAUCACCCGGGGCGAUCAGCACGUCCAGUAGUGACAGCAAGAGUGAAAAGGGCAGACCAAGUGCCAAGAAGGGCCGCAUGGAUGACUCUGUCCCUAAGAGUAGUAAACGGGAAAGAGUAAAAGACUCCUCCGAAAGUGAGGGAGAACCAGGGAAAAGUCAGAAGAAAGCUAAAAUGGAGUCUCCUGAAGUUCCCCGUCCUCCUCCAGAUGAAGAAAGCUUGGAUGGGCAAAGUGGUAAUGAAGAUGGGGGUAGCGACCCCCGGGAUAUUGAUCAAGAUAACCGCAGCACAUCUCCAAGCUUGCACAGUGGGGAUAGUGAGAGUGACGCGUCCUCUGUCCCUUCACCAAAAUCAUUUCCUUCUCUAUACAGAGGACCUGGUUCUCCCCCACCUCCUGCUUCACCAGUACCUGAAAAUCCUGUGUUGCCACCACCAUCUCAGACUUCUCAGCCACCCGCACCGAGCGAGCCUCAGACUUCUAGACCAUACCCCGCUCCUCAUCUUCCACAGUUGUAUCCCAGUAGUGGCGGCAUUGUGAAAACUGGGCCCAUACAGACUACUCAAGCCAAGCCUCCACCCACUACCCCUAUAGCAGGGUUGGGUUCUCCUAGGCCAUUGGCAUCUCCUACAGCUCCUCCUUCUUCUUUACCCACCAACUCUUCAUCCAGUGCGUCAUAUCCCCAUGUUUCUCAUAACCUUCCUCCACCUCCGGCUUUGCGUCCUCUUAAUGCAUCUCCAGGACUGCCAUCCCAGGUUGGAGAAAAAACAAAUCAACCUAUCCCACCUGCUUCUUGUACACUUCGAUAUCCUCCUUACCCAGGACAGUACCCGCCUGGAUAUCCUCAUCAGUACCCUAAUCAAGGGAAAUAUGGACAGCCUCAGCCAGGUCCCCAUCUGUCUUGGGGCCAGGGUGGACUUAAUUAUGGACGUAAUGAAGGAGCACCUCGGUAUCCACAGCCCCCACCUCAAAAUGGACAAGUGGGUGUAGGGCAGAACAUUGGAGGUGGAUUUGGUGCCCCACACCACAGUAGCACCCGUGCUCAGUCCCCUCAUAGUAGCCACCCACCUCACCAAAUGCCUACUCCAGGCACCAUUCAAUCUCCAGCAACCCAAAGCAGUGUUCUCCACUCUCAUGGAGGGGCAACAGGUGGACAGGGUCAGUCUCCAAACCAUAAUACAAAUAAUUCUCACCACCCUCAUAUUCUACCAAACAGAGGACGCUCUCCUACCCCACAAAGUAACCAACCACCAGGGGUUGCUUCACAGUCCAGCCAUCAACCCCCUCAUGUUCUGCCUGGUGCCAUUUUAUCUCCAAGUUCACAUCAUCCAAACAACACCCAGCCUUUAGCUCCUGGGUCAGGAAAUGGUGGUGGACAAUCACCUGCACCCCAAAAUACAUCUCAUCUCCCAUCACAGCCACCAUCUACAGGUGGGAAUAUGGGUUACUCCUCCCAAGUGGAGCCCCAGAAUCCUCAGUCAUCCCAUGCCCUUUAUCAACCCCAUUCAUCUUCAUCAGUCUGUCAUUAUCCUCCUAACACUCAGGCAUAUGCUAACUACCCAUUCCAAGGCUACAAAGGAGCUCCUCCGGCAGCGCCACCUUAUAAAACUGGGCCACCACCCUAUAAGACAGGAACGUUUCCAGUUUCAACUCCACCACCCAUCCCUACUCAGAGUGUCAAAGACACUUCACCUACCACUCCUGCUACAGUCCCCCCACCGGUUCCUCCACCUGCACCUCCACCACCUCCACCAGCUCCUGUGCACAUAAAACAGGAGCCCAUUGAAGAGUGUGAAGCAGAGGGUGAUAGUCCUGUUCCUCCUGCCAGCAGCCCUUCACCUCCACCCAAACUUGUGGAUACACCGAGUCACGCCAGUCAAUCUGCAAGGUUUAACAAACACCUGGAUCGAGGCUACAACUCCUGCUGCCGGACCGAUCUGUAUUUUGUGCCCUUGGAAGGGUCAAAGCUUUCCAAGAAACGAUCGGAAGCAAUUGAGAGAGCGCGACGAGAGAGUGAGCAGAGGGCCCGAGAGGAACGUGACCGAGAACGUGAACGUGAAAGGGAACGGGAAAUGGAGAGGAAUGUGCAAAAAUUGGAAUCUCGAUCUCAUGACUGUCCUCAGCUGUGCCCUCAGCCCCCUUCUCACCAUCCCUCUUUGGCCUUGCCUUCUCCUUCUUCAGCCCCAUCUCGUCCUUCUCACUUUGAGCCCCCAGGAGCUGUAGCUGCCGUCCCUCCUUAUUUGGGCCCUGAUACACCUGCUCUUCGUACGUUAAGUGAAUACGCCCGCCCUCAUGUACUUUCCCCAGCUGGAAGAGCACCUCAACCUGGUCACCCGCCACACCACCCAUUUUAUUUACCUAUAGGUGAUCCACUUCUUGCCUACAAUUUGCCUGCUGUGUUUGCCAGCGACCCCAGCCGGGCAGAAAGGGAGCUGCGAGAAAGGCUGAAACCUGGGUAUGAAGUAAAACCAGGAGAGCUAGACCCUCUUCACCCAUCUAAUCUCCCUCUGCCGCCUCCACCCCCACCACAUCACCAACCCCCUCAACAACCACCGCCCUCUGCUGCUGGUGUCCCUCCUCAAAUGGGAUUGCACCCUGCAUUUCCUUACCACCAUGGGCAGCACUCUCACCAACAUGCUUUAGAAAGGGAAAGGCUGGCCCUGGGAGCCACAGGAGCAGGGCCUGGAGGUGGACCAGGAGCAACAGGAGCAGCUGGAGCAGCUAGAGGGGAGUUAUCCUACGCUGAGCGACUGGCCGCAGAACGACAACAUGCAGAAAGAGUGGCUGCUCUGAGUGGUGACCCUUUAACCAGACUUCAAAUGUUGAACGUUACCCCACAUCACCACCAGCAUUCCCACAUCCAUUCACACCUACACUUACAUCAGCAAGACGCCAUACAUGCAGCUUCUGCUGCUGUGCACCCACUAAUGGAUCCACUCACGUCAGGUUCUCAUCUUACACGGAUCCCAUACCCUGCGGCUGCCCUCCCAAAUCCAUUGAUUCCUCACCCUCUGCAUGAUAGCGACGUCCUCCGACAGCAGAUAUUUGCCUCUCCUUACAGGGACCUCCCUUCCUCUCUCUCCGCCCCUCUUUCGGCUGCUCACCAGUUACAGGCCAUGCAUGCCCAGUCUGCAGAAUUGCAGCGCCUGGCCCUGGAACAGCAGCAUUGGCUGCAGACCCAUCACCCUCUGCAGGGAGUUCCUCUUCCUGGACAAGAAGACUAUUACAGUCACUUGAAGAAAGAAACUGAUAAAACCCUCUAAUGAAGUCAUGAGGUCGGAGGUCAUCUCACUAAAUGAAAGCAUCGGAUUGGAUAAGACAGGAUGACAGCACAGCUCCAGACAUGUAACUCUGCUGCCUGAGGAGGGAGGAAUAUUUAUCGAGACCAAAAAAAAUAAAUAUACAAAAAAAACAAGAAAAACUCCCAAAGGAUGGACUUUGGUAGCGAGAGCGAUGUGCCAUGAUGGAGCAUUGGAGACUGUUUGAAAGAUGCUUCUGGAUACACAUCCUGACACAAUCCAUAUCUGUGACUGUGAUACAUCUGAGUGAGACACUACGUGGAUUAAAAAGCCCCAAAAAUUUACCUAAGAGACUGAUUCUCCGGACUAUAUAGACACCCUACUACAGUGAGACAGCCCUUCAGUGACACACUGCACCUUGAAACCCAGAACGUACUGAGAUCUCUAAAUAGAUGCCAUGAGACAUCCUGUGACACUCCAUGACCAUCACUCGGGAAGUACACUGUGAGAACUUCUAUAGUGACAGCCCCACAACUGAUGGAAGCACUUGUGAAUGAGGCAAAAGCCUUCUGCAAAAGAGACACUUCCUAUGGGAAAGAGACAUCAUUGGACGGUAUCAGUGAGACUCCUUAUGUGACACACAGAGAUUCUCCCAUCCUUCUCAGCAAAGAGACAUCCUGCAAUAGAAAGGCCACACGGUUAUAGAAAAAGACAGCUUGCUCCAUUAACCUGACAUCUAAUGGACAUUUUUUUUUUGUAUGUAACGUGUCACUAAUAGUCCGUCUGGGUGUGACUGAGCUUGGCUCUCCCCGUAUGUGUCCGUCUGUAUGUAUGUUAUUAUAAGUGGACGUUCGCAGUGAGGCACGGGUACAUGGAUGGUGGGUAAGGUCAUCUGAGUGUAGAAAAAUCUGGUAUAACACAAUGUGGGUAUCGAAAAUGGACUCCUUGUUGGGGAAGUCAUGAUGUUAUCAAAAGCGCGGCCAUUUUAUGGGGACUUGUGACAUCUCAGAUGCCUCAUUGCACGUCUUAUGUUAUUGGUAUAUGGCUUCCGUAGCAUUCUGUGGGAAGCCAUUUCAGUGAAUCUAGUGGACCUACCUAUCAAAACCCCAAAAUAUUGUGGCCUGUGAAAUACUUCUACCUAAAAUGGCUGACUUUCUUAAAUCAACACAAAGGGUGACAAAAUGGCCGCCUUGAAGAAGACAGCUUACAAAAUGGGUAACCAUUGUUUCCUUACGGUCGAGACAUUUAAGAGAUGAUGACGCCAUCACUCCAUCGAAAAUAUCAAAUAGAUAUAUGCACACGUGUAACAAUUCUGCGAUACGUCAGAUGAACGGAAAACGCCAUCUAUGUACUUCUGUGCCACACCGUUUGUAUAUAUCAGUGUAUGGCUGUACAUAUAUAUAGGUGCGUGUGUGGCUCUCGUUUACCUUGUAUAUACCUGUAAGUGAGUGAGGAUGCAUGUUCUUGUCACUUUGUAUAUAUGUGAGUGUAUGUACACAAGUGAGUAUUGUAAACCUGUAUAUAGCAGCGAGCGGGUUGUUUAGAAUGUUUGAGCGUGUAAGUAUACAUCUUUAUGUAUAUACUAGCGAUGACUGAGUUUUUUUCAUAUUUGUAUAUACCUAUAUUUGAACCCUGAGUAUAGAGUAUAUCUGUGCAUAUCCAUUUCACAGUAUAUGCCAGAAAAAAAGAAAAAAGCAGCGUAUGGGUGAGUAUGUGUGUAUGUGCGGAGGUGUGCGUGUGCCGUAUAUUUAUCGUCUCAUCUGUCUGUAGGUUCUAUGGACCGAAAUAUUAUAUUUUUCUGAGACAGACUGGUUGCUAAGGCCCAUAGUAGCUGUUACAGUGUAUCCAUAACAACAAGUCUGUCUCAUAUUUGUGUUAUUAAUCAGAUUAUUAUUUACCAAACUCUGAUUUAGGCUGGGUUCACACCACGUUUUUAGCAAUACAGGACCGUAUAUGGCUGGGGGGAGCGAAAACCGGGGGCCCCUGUAUAGCAGCUGUAUCUGGCCCAUAUGUAAUGCAUUUCAAUGAGCCGACCGGAGUCAAACACUGACUCCGGGAGGCUCAUUUUUGCCCCUAAAGGAGUAGUGCAGGGAAAUAUAACUUUUCCCCUAUCCAAAGGAUAGUGUAUAAGUUAUACAUCACGGCCGUUCCGACCCCCGCAGGAAGCUGCGGCCGACACGCCCCCUCCAUGUAUCUCUAAUGCAUGCUCAUUCUUUCGGCAGGUCCUGAGUCCGAAAUUUCUGUCUUGAGAAUUUUCCAUCUCAGAAAUUCCGCAGCGUGAAUGGGGCAUUGUAUCCAUAGCAACCAGUGUGUCUCAGAUCCCCGUCUCUCUCCUUUUGUGUUAUUAAUCAGAUUAUUUCUAACACAUUGGGAAAGAUCAUCAAAACGCUCUAAAAGGAAAACGCACAGCAACCAAUCUGAGCUCACAUUUCCUUUCAUUUCUUUUAGACCGUUUUGUUUAUCCCUCUUUGUGCCAAUGACAAGGCUAAGAGCAUUAAGAAUUGUCACAAGGACACUAAAGCAUAGAAGGGAUUGGGCCUAUGACUUUAAGCACUACCAAAUUAAAGGGGUACUCCGCUGCUCAACGUUUGGAACAAACUGUUCCGAACGCUGGAGCCGGCGCCGGGAUCUCGUGAUGUCAUAGCCCCGCCCCCUCAUGAAGUCACGCCCAGCCCCCUCAAUGCAAGUCUAUGGGAGGGGGCAUAGACUUGCAUUGAGGGGGCGGGGUGUGACAUCAUGAGGGGGCAAUGACAUCACAAGCUCCCGAUGCCAUCUCCAGCGUUCAGAACAGCACACAGAAAUUCCACAGAAAUUUUGCUCAAAUAUGCAAAACUGCAAGUCUACAGUUGCAAAGCCUAAAAGAGUUAUAUUGGACACCACAAGUAUCUGGAAUUAAUCCCAGUGUGAGGCACAAUUUACUUUGCAUAGAGGCAAAUUGCCUCUGAACUUGUUUCUAGUAGUUUUUAGUUUCUGGCAGUAUAUCUGUGUCGAAUAGUAGAUGGCGCAAUAACCUGCUACAGUAUAUUUAUUUUUUUAUGUAUUUAUUUAAUCUUUUUUUAUUUUACUUCGUAGAAAAAGAAAGGGUUUGGUCCAUAGUUUUCGUUUAGGGUACGUUCCCACCUGGCGUAUAUGCAGCGUACUUGACGCUGCGCAAAAUU